AUGUCCCUCCUCCUCCAACCACUCAUUGCUGCAGGGCAAAACGGUGUUGAAAUGUUGACAAAAGAGGUGCUAGAGAGGUGGAAAAAUGGUCAGCAUCCGGCUGAAUUUGACAGCCAUGGACUACGCGCCAUCUACAAUCCGUUUUGGGCUAAGCUCUUGCACACCGACAUUUUCCUUGCCUUCACGCCAGACCUCCUACACCAGCUCCACAAGGGUAUCUUCAAAGAUCACUUGGUCAAGUGGUGUCUUGAAAUAAUCGGUGAGGACGAAAUGGAUGCGCACUUCAAGGCAAUACCGGAUUAUCCUGGUCUUCGGCACUUCAAAAAAGGGAUAUUUGCGGUGAAACAAUGGACGGGCACAGACACAAACAGAUGCAGCGUGUUUUUGUAG